AUGCCAAGCACGACCAAGGUGACACUGUUGUUCGCCCAUGGCGGUGGGUUUUGCAAGGAAACUUGGGAUCCAAUCAUUCGUCGGCUCAAGGAGUCUCAAGCUGGGCAAAAUGUGGAAACGGAAUUUGUCACCUUUGACUUUCCAUAUCAUGGUUCAAAGCGCGACCCAGCUGCAAAAGAGAUGCUCAAAGUGGAUCUGAGCAAACCAAAUGCGCCACGAGUGUGGAAUGAAAAACACGAUCUUAUUAAAUGGACGAUUGCUGCUGUGCAGGAGCAAGUGACGAAAUGGAAAGACAUAAUCAUGUGUGAGAAUUCGGGAGGAAGGGAGAAACACAAACUCAUUGGUAUUGGUCAUUCGAUGGGGUCUGAGGGACUUUGGGCCACUGAAGUCGCGCAUCCAGGCACUUUUGAUGGUCUCAUUCUGUUCGAGCCUGUAUUGAUCCAAAACGCGCCGGAAAAUGACUAUUUAAUCGAUUUUUUAGUCAGCCUGACACUCAAGCGGCAGGCGUCUUGGCCUUCUCGUGCUGCUGCUGAAGAGUAUUUUUACAACUUGAAAAAUUUUGCCAAAUGGGAUCGCGAAACGCUUGCAGGAUACAUGAAAGGUGGUCUUGUGGAGGAAGAGGACGGAACUGUCACCCUUGCUUGUCACCCGAACAUCGAGGCGUCUUUAUAUUGCCAGCCGCCGUUGUGGCUGACAGACGACGAACUGCAACAGCCUAAGUGUCCUAUCACUUUUCAUUGGGGAACCCGCUCAAAGUUAUGGUUUGGAGAUCGUUUCAAUGCGCUGGAGAGCAAAUUGCCGCACUUGUACAAGGUACGUGAACCUAUGGAAGGCAACUCGCACGUAUUAGUCUUGGAGAACCCAGCGCUAUCUGCCGAAAAAAUUGCUCACGAUCUCGCGGAGCUAAAGCUCAAUGGUGGCUUUUGA